AUGGCAGGACAAGGUAAUGAUGAUGUUCGAAGAAAUGCAAUAGUUCUUCCACCAAAUCAAGAUCCAGCAAGCAUCUGCUACAUUCAUCCUUCAGAUGCAAAUGUUCAACUUGUUUCUUACAAGUUCAGUGGUGAAGGUUUCACUAGCUGGAAACGAUCGAUGUUGCUAACACUCUUAGCCAAGAACAAACUAGGUUUUUUCAAUGGAACUAUAUCUAAGCCAGUUGCUGGUACUGCAGAAUGUAAGGCGUGGGAGAGGUGCAAUGAUCUGGUGUGUUCAUUGAUUCUGUUCAAUUUGGACGAUACAAUUGCAAAAAGUGUGAUGUUCUUGAAAUCAGCACAAGAAAUUUGGACUGAUCUUGAAGAAAGGUUUGGAUAUGCUUCUAUGGCUCAAGUUUACUCUCUUGAGCAGAAGCUUGUGGACAUUAAGCAAGGUGAUAAUUCAAUUUCUGAAUUUUUCACUGAAAUCAAAUCAGUUUGGGAUGCAAUUGAGGAGGCACAUCCUCUUCCUUACGGUACAUGUAACAAUUGUACAUGUAAUCUGACAAAGAAGGAUUUUCAAAGGCAGAAAGAAAAGAUGGUUUUGCAGUUUAUGAUGAAGUUGACAGAUCAAUAUGCUACCAUCAGAGGAAAUAUUCUCAUGAUGCAAAGUCUACCUAAGGUCACUAAAGCUUACAGACUCUUUGCACAGGCAGAGAGGCAUAAAGAAAUUUCACAGACUGCUGUUCAUAAGACUGAGUCAUUGGCAUGCAGCAAUGAUUCUGGAAUGCAGUACAGAAGGCAAAGCAGUAAACCAGGAGAAAAUUACUACUGCACACAUUGUCAAAUUCCUGGCCAUAGCAUUGAUAGAUUCUUUAAGCUCAAAGGAUUUCCACCUGGUUUAAAGGCUUUAAAGACAACAGAGUUGCAGCAUUCUCAUCCUCAGAAGAUUCAGCAACAGAUAUGA